AUGAACAAUGCUCGAGUAACACGGUCGCUAUGGAGACGAGCAGCGACACACAAAAAACGAACAGGACGAAUUUCGCGAAGAAACCUCGCAACGGAGACACAACCUUCCCUGCCACCGCCGCCACGCAAAGAGCCAUCGCGAGUAGGCGCAUACUAUGGCACCUUCGGUUCCCCGAUUCUCAAAUGCUUCCUCGGCGCCCUCUUCACAUACCAACUCGCCUACUACAUCUGGUACAAGCUCGAAACCAUCGAAGAACGGCACGAAACACGCUUGGAAAUUGCUGAGUUGCAGCAAGAACUAAAGCAAGCUCUUGAGAAGCAGAGCCAGGAGGUACAGGAAAAGUGGGAUAGGGCAGCGGAGAUGUUGCAGAGGGAGAAGCACGAGUUGGGCGAAGCGGUGGACGCCGUGGUUGAGGAGGUGAAGGAGGGGGCAGAUGAGGUAGGGAGGGGGACCAGGGCGGUGGGAAAAGUUGCAGGUGGAGGGUGGUGGCCUUGGUGA